AUGGAUGGACGUGGCUAUGCCCUGCUUGGGCACUUAGAGAGGACUUCGGUGUGCCCUGAAGAUCAGAUUUCUGGUGGCGAGCCACAGCUGGAGGGCCAGCGAAGCCUGGUCGCGACUUUGGUGUGCCCUGAAUAUCGAGUUGAUCAUUAUGGCGAGCUAAAGGUGGAGGACCAUUUGCGGGAACAUUUCAUGUGCCUCGUGCGCUUGGACAUGACUCUGGGGCAGCAUCGAGAGUCCCUCCAACUGGUCGCGUCUGAAAGCUUUGAGAGCUCGAAGGGAGGGCCGCUGCCUACGAUGCAAAGCACCAUCAUCUUACCAGUUGGUGCAAGAGUACUUGGAUUCAAGUUUUGGGAGGCCAUUGACGAUGACUCGGGCUUUGUGCGGGUGUAUCACCCUUGCGUCCUGUUUGAGGAGGAUGGAGAGCUUCACCUCCAGCCGCUCUCCAAGCACUUUAUCCGCUCAGACUAUGUGAAAUUCCCGGGAAGGGAACGCUGGCUUCCUCCAGAAUUAAAAGUCCUCGAGACGAAGAGGCCCGAAGAGCAGGACAUCGCCAUGAUCCCCGAGGCACUGUUUUACGUGGAUAUUGGGCUGGACAUCUCGCAGUUGCUGCUCUUCGAGCGCCGCGGUCUUUUUGGCUACCUGACGCUGAACUGCUUCGGCCUGCUGCUGCCCGUGCUGUUCACGUGCAUUGACGUCGUCCGGUUCUGCCGCCGCAAAUCAGUAGAGCACGACUUCCUUCAAGGACUACUGACAGCCAAGCUAGUGCUGCCGUUGCUGCUCGUAGCAGUCUUGUCACAGUGCUUCACGCUGGUCAUGGCCUUGGUGUCCGCCUAUACCCAGAAGAAGCACUCUCUGCUCUCAGGGGCGAAGGCGGCCGAGGUUGCCGAAUCCGCAAUCUCGGCGCUGGUGCAGACGAACUUGCUGAUGUCUGCCCUGGGUGGCGUUUCACAAAUUGAAUCGCUCGAUUUGUCGGAUGGAGAGCUACAAAGCUUACAGCUUUCAGUUGCCGUUUCCUGUUUUUCCCUUGGCCUGGGCUUUGCCAGCCGCGACAAAGCGGACUCGGCAGUGCUCGGCCUUCCUGGCAAGCUGGGAUGGGGUCUCCCAAUGGCGGCCUUGGUCCUCACAAGAUCGAUGGAAGUGUUUAGCAGGGUCUUUGCUUACAACAUCAUACAGAUUUCUGUGAGGGGCUGGCCGCUGUUGCGUUUCGGCGGCAUUGUAGCAGUUGGCCUCGUGCUGCUGUCAUCCCAACUCGUCUUCCCAGAGGAGGCCUCUCUGGCAGAUGUUGCGGCGUCCGUCGCAGCCUAUCCAGGCCAGGUGCUUGAACCGAGCUCGCUGCUACCCCUAUGGCACUGCUUGAUGGUACACAUGCUUCUGGUGGCUGCCGCCGCUGGAGCCCAGCUUCUGAUACGCACGAGCUUUGCUCCAGAAGCUUCGAAGGUCCUUCCUGACGUGCUCUUGUUUGCGUGGCUGGUCUUCAGCUCAGUUUUUGUUCGGGCAUCCAUGGUGCAGCAUUAA